CAGCUUGGCUAGCUGUCGGUUUGUAGUGACUGUCUGAGGAGAUAAGGGAAGGAGGAAGGUGUUUGGUCAUGUUUUAUCCUGUUCAAUUACGGUUACGUUACUCAGUUUUACGCAUAUGUCGAUAUAUAAAACUUUCCAAUAUCGACUAUUAGUAUCAACACGUAGUCACAGUCAUAUGUGGAGGGUAUUAACCUUUAUAAUAGGUCGAAUAUUUUACACUUGAGAGGAGAUAUCCGGGAUCUUCAAAUGCUUCACUUGCUUUAAAACUGUAGAAUGUACAGUAGGUCUAUUCAUCGAGAUUGCUGCUUCAAAAUUUCCAUAAUGAUACCAAUAUGAUGACUAUUGUUCCCCAACAACCUGGAUUUCCAAGAAAGUAUCUACUGACGUUAGCAGUUGGGAUCACUUUUGGUUUCAGUUUUGCUUAUGUUUUUCUCAAUGUUACCUCUUGGGAGAAGCCAUUUUCUCUUCCAACUUGGAAAUCUUUGGACAGUAAGAAUUCAUUUCAUGAUCCUCAUAGUCACGAAGAACUGGAAGAUGCAGCAGGACCUGAUCUACCUGUUUCUUUUCACGGUUCUGAAGAGGAGUUUCACAAAGGGGAAGACGUUAUUGCCAAGAAAAUAGCCAAGAAAGUUCGUGUCUUGUGUUGGGUUAUGACAAGUCCAGAAAAUCACGAAAAGAAAGCCAAACACGUGAAAGCAACUUGGGGGAAGAGAUGCAAUAUUCUUUUGUUCAUGAGUAGCCAGUACGAUCCCCUUCUUCCUACUAUAAAGUUGAACGUUUCAGAGGGAAGGGAGUCUUUAUGGGGGAAAACAAAGUCCGCGUUCAGAUAUGUUUACGGGCAUUAUAAAGACGAUGCGGAUUGGUUUCUAAAGGCAGAUGACGAUACCUACGUAGUAGUAGAAAACUUGAGGUAUUUUCUCAUGUCUCAUAAUACUUCGGAACCAAUAUACUUUGGGUGCAGAUUUCGACCUUACGUCAAACAGGGAUAUAUGAGUGGAGGUGCCGGUUAUGUGUUAAGUAAAGAAUCCGUGAGAAGAUUUGUCGAAGCAUUAGACAAUAAUCAAUGUCGCAAAGAUGAUGGAGGAGCGGAAGAUGUAGAAAUUGGAGUGUGCUUAGAAAAAAUGGGCGUCUUGGCUGGCGAUACUAGAGACAGUAGCGGCAGAGGAAGAUUCUUCCCAUUUGUGCCAGAGCAUCAUCUGAUACCUAAUCACAUCUCUAAAGAUAAUUGGUAUUGGCAUUACAUAUAUUAUCCCGUAAAAGAGGGUAUGAACUGUUGCAGCGACACUGCCAUUUCCUUCCAUUAUGUACAUCCCAACAUGAUGUACGUAUUGGAAUAUCUCAUCUAUCACUUGAGGCCUUUUGGCAUAUCCAGUUCCAUUCAUCAAAUCCAUAACAGCACUUGAAUUUUGUUUUAAUUAUUAUUUUUAAAUUUGUCUUUUGUAUAAAAGAAUUGAAAUUAGCCAAGGCUAAUUUGGAAGAAAAUCCUAGUCACGAAUUUAAUUUGAAUCUUAAUUUAUCUUGCGUUCCAUUUACGUGAAAUUUGUUUUACUUCAUUUUUAACAUCGCAAGUGCACUUCAUCUAUUAUAUUAGCAUUUAUGGAUAGUGCCUUCUCUCUGUAAGAUUUAUAUAGACUGUGAUUAUACUUUAAAGAUUCGUGUGUAGAUAUCCAAAAAUAAUAAAACCUGCCCUUAAUUAAAUGUAUAGUAUUGUUCAAAUUAACUUAUGCUUAAUGAUAAAUCAACAAGGUGAAUCGUGCGUUCUCUUUUAUGUGUUCGAAUAAAGAAGUCAGACCAUUGUUUGAUUAUAUUCAAAAGGGAAGCGUAUUAAUACAUUUAUAUGCUUUAAACAAUACAUGAAUAUAUGAAUGUUAUAAAACAUCUACUACCUUUAUCCCUUUAAAGUUUAUCGUGUCAUAUUUAAAUCUUAAAAUAUAGAAGACAAUUUCGAUACAAUUCAUAAGCAACUAGCUAAACUAAUGUAUGAUAUUGUUUUUAUGUAUGUGUGGAUGACUUUUUACUCUCAGCCAAGUAGGCACUAACAGUCAUUUAAUCACACCCAUAAUAGGCGGACGAGUGGUGAGGGAUGGAGCCCUUCAUAUCCAGGAUAGAAUACCCCCAAAAAAUUGCUAGAAGUUUUCGACCCGUCUGGAUUUAUGAUUAAAUGGAUUAUCCGACGGCAAUGUAUAAGAUUUUUAGUUAUCACUUUAAUCAAAAACAGAGAACAAAAAAUGCAUUUAAAAAUUACUGUAAUUACUGUGUUU